UCUUCAAAUUGGAUGUUUACCGUUGCUAAAGCAAUUCCGAUCCUUUAUGAAUAUAAUUUAGAAUUUUAUGUUGAAGAACUAUUUCAAAAGCCUUGUUUUGGUGCCAGUGAAGUUUACUUGGAUCAAUCUAAAAUUCGUGAUAAAGACAUGGAUAGAAGUAAUGAGAAAGAUGUUCAUGCGUUAAACGUAAAUUUGGGUCUCACUAAGAAAAGAAAAGAGCGUAAUUUCUUACAAAAAUCAAUCGUUAAAGGAAAACAAAGAAAAAAGCAUCAUAUGAGUCCAUUCUUGAGAAUGAUAAGAGAAGACAAUGCUGCACAAAUUUAUGAUAAUCCGUCAAUGGCCGCAGUAAUUGAUUUUAAAUGGAAAGCGGCAAGAAAUUAUUUCUUAAGACAUGCACUUAUAUACGUUGUAUUUGCAUUUCUUUUUGCAAUUAUAACCAAUGCAAUUAAAGGAAUAAGUGAACGAAUUAGUAGUGCUUCGUGGUUGGCACUUGUACUAUAUUUUUUAUUUUAUUGGUUUGGAUUUUAUUUAUUGAAUACUGAAAGAAUUCAAUUAAAAUAUGAGGGAUGGAGAAGAUAUUUUGGACUUUAUAAUUUUUUUGAUUUGUUUUCAGUCAUUUUACCAUUAGUGAUAGCUAGUUUAAGUUUAUACAUUGGUUUUAAAGUCGUACUCGAUUUUGAUGAAGAAUCUCAAGAGCAAAUUGAAGAAAUUAUAAGAGACGUUCGAAUAUAUACUAUUUUUAAUUCAUUUGCGAUUUUAGUAAUGUGGUUGGAACUUUUUUUGUUGUUACGAUACUUUGAAAAAUCUGGAGCUUACAUUUAUAUUAUAGUCAAUAUUUUUAAACAAAUUAUACCUUUCUUAAUUUUUAUUCUUAUGGUUGUCCUCGGAUUUGGUCAUGCUAUGUUUGUUUUACUUAAUAAUACUGAAUCCAUAGGCAUCAAACCUGAUGGUUCCUCCUUUCAGAUCACACCUACUGAUUCGAAUACAAGUGAACCAUUACCAUAUAAAGUGGAACAAGUGAUUGAUGUGAACAGUAUAUCAGAUAAUUAUUACACAAAUUUUAUUAAAUCUGUUGAAUCAGUUUUCUUUUGGACCAGUGGUCGUUGGGAUCAAUUAGAACAAUGGAAUUUUUGGCCAGUAGAUGUUUAUUCUAUUAUUGGUAGUAUCCUUCUUGUAACAAUUUUACAGAAUAUGUUGAUUGCGAUCAUGACUGGUGCAUAUGAUGAUGCUAAAGAAAUUGGUAGACAUGCUGUAUUAGAAUAUCGAGCGGAAUUGAUCGAAGAUUAUGAAACGAUCGAAAAACCUCUUGGAAGUAAAAGAGGAAAUCCUCGAUAUAUUUAUUAUAUCGGAAAAUCUGAUUAUAUUGAAGAAUGGUUAAGAAAAUCUGAGAAAGCAAGAAAAAAUCAUGAGAAUUUCUUAUCAAAAGAUGAUGACAAAAAUCCUUGGGAUGAUGAUGAUGAUAAUGACGAUGAUGAUGAUAAUGAAGGAGGAGGAUAUCAUUAUCAAGAUCUUUCAUAUUAUUAUUCAACUGAAACUGAUUCUAUUGCAUCACCAAAUAAAGAACAAGAAACUCCAUUAUCAUUAUAUUGGUUUGUUGAUGAAAAUGAUAAUAAGGAGAAAUUAUCAAAAUCAAAAUCUUCAUCUAAAUCAACUAAUAUUAUUCAAAAUAAUGAUGAUGAUGAUGAAGAAACUAGAUUAUUGAAAGAAAAAAUUAUAUCCAUGAAAAAAGAAUUUUCUGGAAAAUUAAAUUCUAUGGAAGAAACUAUCAAAAAUUUAAUCUCUACAAUACAAAAUCAAAAUAUAAUAUAA